AUGUUGAGAAUACGUCAAAUAGAAGUCAAGAGGCAAGGGCACAUGACGUGUACGGAUAAACAGUCUCCCCGCCCGCUGUUCCAUCUACAGCGGCGCGGCUUGAUCCCCAGUGUUCUGCUCCCUUGCCUACCUUCGACCUUUCGCGAGCCAGACUUGGUAGUGACAAGGCUACCUCUCCAAGCUAGAAUGGCUACUGCUGAUGGUCCUGCUAGGGUGCAUGACCGGAAUGCACGUCGCCGUCCAUUCUCGAGCUGGGUGAAACGCCUAGCAAACCUUAAGAGCUCCUCUGAUUCUACCACACAUCGAUGGUCCAACAAGCGCUACACGGGUAAUAAGGGCAAGAAAACCGAUCUCGGAAACAACCCAUACCCGCUCUCUGGAACUAUCAACCGCGACACAGGGACUCAGACACCGACCGAUUCAUACACAGAUAAUCAGUAUGAUGGGGAAUCUCGCUCCAGGAGCGACCCGUCUUUGUGUUCGGGCUAUGAGAACCCGGCUCCCCUGCCAAGCGCAAAGUCCGCAGCGCCAACCAUUUCAACCAAUGGCGAUGCCGCUUUCUCCGAAGCAGCGUACUCUAAGGCAGGCACAUUGACAACUGGCACUGAAGGAUUCAGCACCCAUGGAGGAGGUGAAGGUAGCACCUUCUCGUCGCCUGCACCUUCGAUUCGAUCGAUGACCACUACCUUGACCACCGUGCACUCGGCGGCCCCCUCGACCCAAUUGUACAACGCGCAAAAUAACCACAAUGGACACCAUGGCAGCUCGACACAGAGCUCCUCGAACCAGCAGAUUCAGUUUUCCCACCAAUUUCCUACAACCUCACCCGCUACCGCAGUCCCCUCGCACCUGGUGCCCCAUAACCAUGCGAUGACGUAUAGCACUGCAACCGCAAAUAAUGCCUUGACCGAUAACGCUUCUCUUCUCACUUUAGCGAGCUCGUCCAAGCGCCGUCGCCGCAACUCCCUGGAUACCAAUGCAUCUGUACGCGGAUUGGCCCCAUCUUCUGUUUUUGGCGGUAGCCGGGAGAGCUUGCCGCUGAGUGUUCUGAGUGGACAUACGACUGAAGCAUCCAAUACCUCUUUAUUCAAUGCGCCGGGGGUACUGAGCCGACCAAGUAUUGUUGGUCUCGCUAGCGCUGAACGCAUCAGUGUCUACUCGGCCUCCGGAGCAAAUCCGCUGGCCAGCACCAAUGCAGAGCGAACCGGCUUGUACACCACUAAGCAAACCGCCAACGGUGACUCGGCCAGCAUCCGCAGCGGUAUACAGUCGCACAGUCGAAAUGACAGUACUGGCGCCAGCAUCGCCGGGGGUAUUAGCAGUCAGUUGGCCAUGGCCGGUCGCAUGAGUCGAAGAAGUUCUGGCUGGGGAGAAAUUACUGGCGAGGAAGGCAAUGAUGGAAAGCCAGUUGAGAAAAACGAGGAUGAAUCCGCGACUAAGGAGGAGAACGGCUUUCUCGUCGAGCGGCUACGGGCAUGA